AUGGGAUUCGUCGCGAUCCAAGCGCCUCGGUGCCAAAUCUGCAGGAAAUCCGUGUACCAGGCGGAACAAAUCCUCCACGACGAAAAGCCGUAUCACAAAUCGUGUUUCAAAUGCGCGAAAUGCAAGUGCCAACUGACCGCGCUGAACUUUGCCGCGUUCGAUGGGAAGUUGUUUUGCAAGACGCACUUUAAGGAGCUGUUAGCGAACGCGGGGGGGAAGUACGACGUCGCGUUUCAAAACGAUGAUGAUGAGAAGGAGGGGAGGACGGAUGAUGAAAAGAAAGGAGAGGGCAAAGGGUCGGGGAAAUCGAAGAAAGAGGAUUACGGCAAAGCGAAAGGCGGCGAGGGGGAGAAGAAGAAAGCGAACGUGAAAACGAUGGCGGCGAAAACGAACGCGUCGACACCGGCGUCAUCGGUGGGUGAGAAAGAUACGAGUAAAGAUGGGUGCGUGUGUUGCGAGAGAACGGUGUACGCCGCCGAGGCGGUGAACGUCGUCGUCGGGAACAAGAAAGUACACAAGCGGUGUUUUAAAUGUUCCGAAUGCUUGGUGACGCUGUCGCUGAAUACGUUCGUGUUCGAUAAAGAGACGGCAAAGUUGUAUUGCAAGACGCACACGCCAAAAAUGAAAGCGCACAUACGGUUGGACGGCGUGUACGGAUUGCAAAAAGCCGAGACGAAGGUGUCGCAUUUGGGCGGGAGACAAGUGAUGCCAAAGGUGGAGCAGGCGCCAAAAGUGACGAUCGAUGCAAUCGUUGGGCACGCGCAGCCGGAUUUGAGAAGCUUUUCGGUCGGGAGAAACGUUAUGCCCGGGAACGAACCGAAGUUGGUGACUAUGAAAAAUAAUAAUAGUAAUAACAAGGAGAACAAGGCGGAAAAGAAACCGGAACCGGUCGAUUACACGUCGCCGAGCGCGACGCCUUCGAGCACGAAGAAGGCAGAGAAGGAAAAGAAAGUGUUCACGUUGGAGACGCCACCGUUAACCGCGUCGGUGGAAAAGAAAAAGAAAGCUGAGCAGCAGCAGCAACAACAACAAAAGAGCGGUGCUUUGGAGGAGAAGAAGCAACAGCAACAGGAGGCGCAGAAACGAGCGGAGAAGACGUCGCACGAAAUGUCCGUAAAGAAAUCGAGGUCGGGGUCUCGAUCGCCGAGCGAAUCGUUAACAUCGGCUGGGUCCGAAGAAAUUGCAAAGAAACAGUUGAUUGAAGCGCUUUCUGGCGUGUCCAUCAAGGAGGAAGAACAGAAAAAAGAGAAGACGACCAAAAUGGUCGAGGCGUCCUCGAUUCCACUCGCGGCGACGAGCACGCCCGAUUAUUCAUCAAAAAAGAAAGAGGAAAAAGGAGUAGCAGCAGGAACAGGUACGCCGAUAACGCCGGCGGCCGACAAUAUGGACAAGAAGGGAGGAGAUCCCUACGUCGGCAUGACGAAAUCUCAAAUCAAGAAAGCAAAAGAGCGCGAAAAGAUGCGCGCAAAAGAGCAACUGAAAUACGAAAAAGAUCUCGAGAAGAAGGCAAAAGAACUCGAAAUUCGCAAGAGAAGACAAGAAGCUUUAGCCUCCGCGUCGGCGUCGAGUUUAUCCGCAUCGGUUCCGAAAGCGGAUCCAGCAAGUGAACCCGUGAAGGUGCAGGAAAUAGUCGAACAGAUUGAACCGCCGCUGCCGCCGCCGCCUGAACCGAGUAAUUUUUACCUCAUUAAACCUCCGGGUGCGAAGACGUCUCCAGAUAGCGGAGAGUUGCAAUCAAAAGGAUACGAAUUAGACAACGAGGGGAAGCUCGUUCAAUCGACAUCGUUUUCGGGAUCCGAGUCCAAGGAUAAACUAACCAGGAAGAAGAAAGAGAAGAAAACGCCGGCGGAGAAGUUUUUACCGGCAAAAUCAGAGGUGAGCAUGAGCGAAGAAGGCUCGAAGAUGUUCAAGACGCCGUCGAAAAUACCGACUAGUAUCAUCCCGCCUGAAGCAACGAUAGAUGGAAAAGUUGGAACUGACGCCGAACUCAUCAGUCCGAAGGGGGAGAACAAAGUUUCGCCUCGAAGAUCCAUCGGCCACAUUGCGCCGGAGCCGAUUUCAUCGCCAACUCUGACCGCUCCGUCCGCAGAAGUCAUCUCUAACUCUCCUGGUAGUAACGCGAAGAAAGAAGAAAAGAAACAAAAGUUAAAGCCGGGAGAAGCGGUCGCUCUGGAGGAAAAACCAAAGCUCGAAAGCGCGCAAGUGUAUUCGUUCAAGGAGCUUCAAGCGUCCGGAUUCGCGUUUGACGACGAAAACGAGAUUGUGCAAUCCGAUAACGACUCGGACUCGUACAUGUCCGAUUCGGACGGUGCUACUCCGCGAAUGGCGCAGGUACGCGAAGGACACCAGACGACGCCGUCAACUUUGAACAUUACCUCUACCACCCCAUUUUCAAACUGA